AUGGGCAAGCCAGUCGACGUCCACGGUCAAACAUCCAAAGGCCCUCGGGCUGAGGAUGAUAUCCCGGAAUACACUCCAAUGUCGUGGACACUGAGCGAAAUACGCGCUGCCAUCCCGGCUCAUCUGUUCGUUCGAGAUACGAAGAGGGCAAUCGGAUACCUCGUCAGGGAUCUCCUUAUGGCGGCGGCAGUGUGGCGCUGUGCCGUGUUUAUCGACCCAUACUUCAAGCACGCCACAACGAGGCAACUUCUUACACCCGCUGGUGCUGAAAUCGCACGAUGGACUGCCUGGCUCACCUACUGGUGGUUCCAAGGCUUGAUAUUCACGGGUAUCUGGGUGAUCGGGCAUGAGUCCGGCCACGGAGCGUUCUCGCCAAACAAACGCAUCAAUAACGCCGUGGGCUUCAUCACGCACACCUUCCUCUGGACACCCUACUUCAGCUGGAAGAUUUCCCACCAUCGGCACCACAUGAACCACGCGUCGAUGGAGAAGGACGAGGUGUACGUCCCGAAGACGCGAAGCGACCUCGGCAUACCCAAGGAACAGCCGGGCCACAGCGAAAUCGACUACGAAGAUUACUUCGGCGAUACACCCGUCUACACGCUGUACAUGCUCGUGCGCCAGCAGGUCCUGGCGUUCCCAGCGUACCUUCUGUUUAAUGUCUCCGGGCAGAAGACAUACCCGAAGUGGACCAAUCACUUCGAUCCCCGCUCCGUCUUAUUCACUAAAGAACAAGCCUCGGCGGUAUGGAUAUCCAAUCUCGGCAUCGCCGCCAUGAUCUGGGGCGUAACAAAGGCUUGCGCCUUCUACGGCGCCGCCGAGGUGGCCAAGUUCUACGGCAUCCCCUGGCUGCUCGUCUCGCACUGGUUCAUCAUGAUCACGUACCUCCACCACACGGACAUGAGCCUCCCGCACUACCGCGGCAAGGAGUGGAGCUUCCAGCGCGGCGCGGCGGCGACGGUCGACCGCGACUUCUUGGGGUGGCAGGGCCGCUUCUUCCUGCACGAUGUUGCGCAUUAUCAUGUGAUCCAUCAUUUCUUCCCGAAGUUGCCUUGGUAUAACGGGGAGGAGGCUACGAGAUACCUAAGACAAAAGAUCGGGGAGCAUUACGCCUACUCCGACAAGCCCGUCUUCAAGGCCCUAUGGGAUACCUACAACGACUGUCAAUUUGUAGAGGACGAAGGAGAAGUGCUGUUCUACCGGAACAAGCAAGGGAAGGCGUACCGGAAGCCGGCAGAAUCGUACCUGAAUGCGCAGGCUACAGGUCAGGCGGGAAGUAGGAUUCAGAGGAAGUAGACGUUGAGAAGGCUGCGCGGACCCCCUCAUGGUGUCAAGACAUAGAUGCGAUUCCCGUUGAUGUAAAGAUACCCGAUCGGAUUUUGUAUUAUAUGUUUAUAGUCCAGGAUUUGUUGUAGACUCUUAAUUGACUUAUCUACCCCAGGAUGUCAC